AUGUUCUCAUCCCUUCCAAUAAUCGCGGAAGCAACAGGCAAUAGGUUUCUGGUGAUAAGCCCUUGGCCUCACUCUCUUGCUGCCAACAUGUCUCUAUCACCCGCUGCUGCAAAGGGAGAGAUAGCCAUCGGCAAGGAAGAGCUUGGGGAAAGCUCACCUAGGUCGUCCUCGACGAGAAACAGUCCUGCCACACCGCGCAGUCGGCCUGUUGUCUUCCGCGGCACACUCUUCCAGAUCCUUCUUGUCGGCUUUUGCACCUUCUGUGCACCCGGAAUAUGGAGUGCCAUGAAUGGCCUUGGAGUCGGUGGCUCGCAGAGCCCGGGUCAAUGCCGCUAA